UAACGGCUUCCGGCUUGGUUGCUCCGCCUCCUGCUUGGCUAGAGCAGUCGGGGCUCGGCGGCGGCCGCGUUGGGGUGGAGGGGGCAGGGCGUGGUGAGGUGAGGUGAAUGUCGUAGUGGGGUUCCCCCGAGCCAUGGCGUGCUCCAUUGUCCAGUUCUGUUACUUCCAGGACCUCCAGGCCGUCCGGGACUUCCUCUUUCCUCACCUCCGGGAGGAGAUCCCCAGCGGCGCGGUGCGGAGGGACCCCAGUAAAUCAACAGACUGGGAAGAUGAUGGUUGGGGAGCAUGGGAAGAAACCGAAUCCCAAGAACCUGAAGAAGAGGGAAAUACUUGGAAAACACAAAAAACUUCCUGGCUCCAAGACUGUGUUUUAUCCUUAUCUCCAAGCAAUGAUCUUAUGGUGAUAGCUCGAGAGCAAAAAGCUGUAUUUCUAGUGCCAAAAUGGAAAUAUAGUGAUAAAGGAAAAGAAGAAAUGCAAUUUGCCAUUGGUUGGAGUGGUUCUUUAAAUGUCGAAGAAGGGGAAUGUGUAACCAGUGCUCUAUGUAUUCCACUAGCAAGCCAAAAGAGGAGUUCCACUGGGCGUCCUGACUGGACCUGCAUUGUGGUGGGUUUUACUUCAGGUUAUGUACGCUUCUACACUGAGAAUGGUGUGCUCUUGCUUGCACAGCUUUUGAAUGAGGACCCAGUGCUUCAACUUAAAUGCAGAACCUAUGAAAUACCACGACAUCCCGGCGUGACUGAGCAGAACGAAGAGUUGAGUAUCUUAUAUCCCGCUGCCAUUGUGACUAUUGAUGGAUUUAGUCUUUUUCAAUCUCUUCGUGCUUGUCGAAAUCAGGUAGCAAAAGCUGCAGCAUCAGGCAAUGAGAACAUACAACCACCACCAUUAGCUUAUAAGAAAUGGGGUCUACAAGAUAUUGACACUAUUAUUGAUCAUGCUAGUGUUGGUAAGUAUUACUAAUUAAAAUUCUCUUGGAAUUUACUUCUUAUACUUUUUUGCUGAAGUAUCUCAUUCGUUAGAAAUGGACAUUUAUUCUUUAUUAUUAUUAUUUUGUUUGAGACGGAGUCUCGGUCUAUCGCUGAAGCUAAAGUGCAGUGGCGCGAUCUCGGCUCACUGCAGCCUCCGCCACCUCAGCCUUCCGAGUAGCUGAGAUUACAAGCGUCCAUCACCAUGUCUGACUAAUUUUUAUAUUUUUAAUAGAGACAGAAUUUCAUCAUGUUGGCUGGGCUAGUCUUGAACUCCUGACCUCAAGUGAUCUGCCCACCUCAGCCUCCCAAAGUGCUAGGAUUACAGGUGUGAGCCACCAUACCCAGCCAACAUUUAUUCUUAUGUGAAAAAAUGCAUUGUUUCUGGUGAGACAUCUGGAGGUUCAGAUUCAGAGCAUCAUAGGCAUGUAUCUUUAAAGCUGGGGAUGGUGGCUAAUACCUAUAAUCCCAGCACUUUGGGAGGCUGAGGCGGGUGAAUCACAUGAGGCCAGGAGUUCAAGAUUAGCCCGACCCACAUGGUGAAACCCUAUCUCUACUAAAAAUACAAAAAUUAGCCUGGUCUGGUGCACACCUGUAUUCCCAGUUUCUUGGGAGAAUGAGGCAGGAGAAUUGCCUGAACCUAAGAGGCUGAGGUUGCAGUGAGCCAAGAUUGCGCCACUGCACUCCAGCCUGAGUGAUAGAGCAAGACUGUGUCAAGAAAACAAAAAACAAAAAGAGAUGGUAGCAGUUUCAAUAAAGAUUUAAUUAUGCCCUCAGCCACAGUGUUGUAUUGUUUUAAAUCACUCACUAUUUGACUAAUUUUUCUACAGACAAAUUUGGUCGAUAUAAUGACCAUAUAAAUUAGUCUUUUAAAAAUGUAACCUUGGUCAGGUGUGGUGGCUUACACCUGUAAUUUCAGCUACUCAGAAGGCUGAGGUAGGAGGAUCUUUUGAGCUUAGGAGUUCAAGACCAGCCUGAGCAGCCUAGCAAGACCCUAUUGCUUAAAAAAAAAAAAGUAACCUUUAAACCAGUAGAAUAUAGAUAAAAGUAGAUUUCUUCUUGCAACCCUAUAAGAGAGCUUACUGUGUUAGGUAUUGAGGGUAUAGAGAUGAAAAGACAUCCUUCUCUGCUGUCUGGAAAUUGUGAGUCUAGGAGUCUAAUGAGAAGAAACACAUGUGAAUGGCUAUGAUACUACAUCAUAAUAAUUGUAGCAAAGGGACCAGCUGUAGUGGAGCAGAGGAGGAAACACUGAUUGUUUCUCCAGCACACUAUACACUUUUACCCCUAGGUGUAUGUGCAUGUUGGCUAGAACGCCUCCUCUGUGUUUGUUCACUUGGUCAAGUUCUGCUCAUUCUAUGCAAACUGGACACUGGGAGAGGAAGAGCAAGGAAAAAAGGAAGGAGUAUGACUCAAGAGGGGCUAACGAGGUUUCUGACACAUAGGCCAUCUUUCUAUUUACUGCAUAGCUCUUAUUUGGAAUACUCUGUAAUAAAAAGCUAUUGGUAAACAUUUCAGUUUAUCUACUUUUUUGCUAGCAUAAAAAUGCUACAAAAUUUCGGGGGUAUAGCUCAGUGGUAGAGCAUUUGACUGCAAAUGCUACAAAAUUCCAAAGUGUUGAGUUCAGUUCAGGGGAACUUCCCUGCUCUGUGAAUUAAACUUUGGAACAUUGAAACUGGCUAGGGAAAAUGAUUGGAUAGAAAAUAUUAUUCUAUUCAUUUAUCCCCAGCCGACAAAAUUAAAAAGGGUCCAAUAAACGUUAUUGUAUGUA